GUCCUGCUGUCUAACGCAGAUGAGAUGAGCACACAGCGGCAGGUUGCAGGAGGGCACCGCUGUUAGAUAAUCGCAUUGCGGGGCGGACCAAUGGACGCGCAGCGGCGAUCCCAGUAGAAGAAGAAAUCAUUUCCCUGUAAUUGAAUCCAGCUCGCGGAGAGCUGCCGGAGAGGCGACGUGCGCAGACCGGUGACACUGCACAGACGCACGCACGCGCGGCGAGCCCGCAAACUUCCCAGCGGAUCUAUAAACUGUAAUAAAGCCGCUCUGCGUCCUGCUGUCCGUCGGGCUGGUCUCCAACACCCAGCUUUGUUAAUGAUAAUAGUAAUUGUUAUGAGAAGAAGAAGAGCGAUUACACAGUUAUGGAUUAAUCAGCGAGACGCCUCAUUAAAAGCAACAAGUGCGAACAUGCACGGGACAAAUAAGAGAGACGUUAAAGAGCUGAGGCAGCACACCUGCGCCCUGUGAGCUUCUCAUUGGCUCCUCCUCCUGACCUCCCGUGAACUGGACUUAUAAAUACCUCAUCCAUCCCGUCACACAUCCUGAAGCCAGCAUGCCCAUCAUCAGCAAUGCCAACCACGACUUCAACACCUACUCCAUCAGCAGCGACGACAGCAGCCUCGACCGCUUCUUCACAGAGAUCCCGGAGACUGAGACCAUCAAGGGUGUUUACUUCCAGCGCGCCCAGCUGCUCCGUGACCCCAAGGCCUCGUAUGUGGUGGACCACACCCUGCAGGUUCUCAUCAACGUCGGGGGCAACCGCUACACAUUUCCCUGGAGCACCUUGGAGCAGUUCCCCCAGAGUCGUCUGGGCCGUCUGCGCUUCUGCACCACCCCCGAGGAGAUCGCACGACUCUGCGACGACUACGACGAGACGUGCCGGGAGUACUUCUUUGACCGAAACCCUACAGCCUUCAGGGUCAUCCUCAACUUCCUGGCUGCGGGGAAACUGCGUCUGCUUCGGGAACUGUGCGCCGUGUCGCUGCACGAUGAGCUCGACUACUGGGGCGUGGACCCGCGCCACAUGGAGCGCUGUUGCCGUCGCCGCAUGUCGACCCGCGUGGAGGAGGUGGCAGAGCGAGAGCGCAAAGAAGAGGAGUGGAGGCAGAAGAGGGUGAUGCUGAAGAAAAGCAACACAGAAGUUGGAAAGGGCUGUCACAAACUGAUGUGGAUACUGCGAGAAGUGGUGGAAAACCCCCAGUCGGGUUUGGCUGGGAAGAUGUUCGCCUGCCUCUCGGUGGUCAUGGUGCUGGUCACCGUCAUCAGCCUGUGCAUCAGCACCAUGCCAGACCUCAGAGAUGAAGAAACCAGGGGCGAGUGCUCCCAGAAGUGUCAGAGCAUGUUCGUGGUGGAGUCCAUCUGCGUGGCGUGGUUCACGCUGGAGUUCCUGUUGCGCUUCGUCAACGCCCAGAGCAAGAUGGCCUUCGCCCGCGGCCCCCUCAACAUCAUCGACGCCGUCGCCAUCCUGCCCUUCUACGUGUCCCUGGUCUUCGACGUCAGGGACGAGUCUCAGGAGGACGCCCACGUCGUGGGUGCUGGCAGAGGCUAUCUGGACAAACUGAGCCUGAUCCUGCGCCUGCUGCGGGCGCUGCGGAUCCUGUACGUGAUGCGGCUGGCCCGCCACUCCCUGGGCCUGCAGACGCUGGGCCUGACCAUGCAGCGCAGCAUACGGGAGUUCGGCCUGCUGCUGCUCUUCGUCUGCGUCGCCGUGACCCUCUUCUCGCCCCUGGUCCACCUGGCGGAGAGCGAGCUGGCGCCGUUCGCCGCCACGCACCCGCAGCAGAGCUUCAGCAGCAUCCCGGCCUCCUACUGGUGGGCCAUCAUCUCCAUGACGACGGUGGGCUACGGCGACAUGGUGCCGCGCAGCGUCCCCGGACAGGUGGUCGCGCUCACCAGCAUCCUGAGCGGCAUCCUCAUCAUGGCGUUCCCCGCCACGUCCAUCUUCCACACCUUCUCCCGGUCGUACCAGGAGCUGAAGCAGGAGUACGAGCGGCUGUGGAAGGAGGAGAGAGGCGAGGAAAUAGCCGCUGAGUCAGAGGGGAGCUGGGCCAAAGCCGAUUUGGCACCAGAGGAGUUCACGUCCGUGUGCAAGGAGGAUAACGACGGGAUGAUGAUAGCCAUGAGUCAUAAAUCCACACUUCCAUCGACAGCUUUCUAAUGGACCGGGAAGAGAGCAGUCAGCCACUUUCUGUCAGUAAUUUUGUCUAAAAUGGCAACACUUGACAUUGGCUCAACACACUCUGUCCUUUUAAGCGAAUUGAAGCUCUAAAGGACUGUUAUUUUAAGUUCAAGUUCUUGUCUGUUCAUGCUCUGUGUUCAUGCUUUAUUACAUUAUGCUUCCAACAGACUAUCUAGUACUGCUCAGGUUGUAUAACGCUUGCUUUUAUAUCAGCAAAUACAUUGCAGCACUUAAAGGAAACCUAUUAAUGCCUAUUAUCUUCUGUCAUAUAGUAUUUUACAAUGUCGGAUGUUCAUAUUAAACUUAGUAGGGAUGUUAGCAAUUAACCAUUUUAAACAUUAACCGGCAAUAACAUUUUUGACAAUCAGUUAAACAGUGCAAACAAUAUCUAGCUUUAAAUGGAGGACCCUCUGUGUCUGUGUGUGUGUUUGUCUGUGUGUGUGUGUGUGUGUGUGUGUGUCUGUUGUCUUUCAAAUAUCUCGAGAACAGUUCGUCCAAUCUAUGUUACACUUGGCGGGAUGAUGAUUACCCAAUGAACUUGCCGUCUCUUUUGUAUCCAAGCUAAUGUUCUUAAUUAUUAUUAAAUCAAAAAUAUAAUCAAAUUGGGACCUUUGGAAUCUGCGUUGCGUUUCUGUUGCGUGUCAAAAAAACAUAUGUGGUGAGAGUUGUAAAAAUGCACUAAAGCAGUAAUAUACUUCAUGUUACACAUAAAUAUCUACUUUAAUUAAUUUGAUAACAGCAAAUACAACGUUGGCAUUAUUGACGGCAAAAUGGGCUACGGAACAUUUUGUUCUUUGUUGACAGGUGCAAUAUCUGAAAAUCAGUGAUUAUUCAUUAUCUUUUUUUUUAUCAAUAAUUACUCAUUAUACAUUUAUAUUUGCAUUUAUGUCAAAACCUAGAGACUUUCAAACAUGAGAAUGUCAUUUAUUAAAUGUUUUGUGUCAAAAUGGCAUAUGAACAUCAUUUAUUUAUUCUCUUUUGCCUGGAAACGCUUCCAAAAAUAGUGAAAAAUGGGCGUUGGGCUCUUUCUGAGCCUUGCGUGUGACGCAGGCGGUGUGCAAGCUCUAACCUAUUACCAUGGGAGCCAAAACCAAAACCAAAACGGGACAUGCCAAACAGGACGUGUGCUGAAGCUAUAAACGUGAGGAAAAUCUAACUAAAAUGAAAUAAAACAACAUUGAAAAUUCAAAAAAAUCUAAACUGUUAUGAGCGCGAAUUCAUCAUCGUGGUGAGCUUUAACUCACAGCUGCGUUAUCAUUGGACAAUGAGUUCAGCACAAUAGUCAGUGACAAAAUCAUCAGUGUUAUGUCUCUGAGUUGAUUAUUUAGUGGAAAUCAAUGUGCCGCCUGGAAGAAAAGUAUCUUAAAAACGUACAGUAUGCUGUGGAUAAUGUUGGACAGCAGUGGAUAAGACGUGUAUCUAACGGUCCUUCAAUGUAAAACAUCUUCUUGUCUUGUCUUGUUUGUC